AGCACGUGCGCUGUCGUGUAGAAGUGUCAGUCACGUGGAAAAUAUGCUGCAGAUGCACGGUAACGGUGUGUUUACGUGUACGGCGGGAGUCACCGUCUUGGUCGGGAAAUGUCUGGUUCUACAGGGGGAUAUCGUCAACACCAAGGAGGGAAAUCCAACAUUUUCAACAUGCUGUCCCGAAAGGACCGCAGCAUCAUUGUCGGUUCAUGCGCAGUCGUGAUGGUGACCCUCUUCCUGCUGCAUUCACCUGUGAUAAGAAGCCCGAAUGGUUUGAUCGUCCAACCACCUGUCUCCAGCCCUGACCAACUCAGCGAGGAUACAGAGUCACAUAAACGGAGCAUGCCAUUGAUUGAUAAAUCGCCACUCGCCCAGCUCCGCCAUCUUGGUUCGGUGGAUCUUCCUUCCAAGGGCGUGCUUGAGAAGCUGAACAGUUCCACGUUGUACAAGAUCUACCACAGUUACCUUGACAACAUCAACUACUUAUGUCACCGGAGAUUGCGGAUGGGGAAGGUUGGUGAUGGAGGCUGGGAAGUGUGUGACGAUGAAGACUUUCGGCCAAUCACACCGUGCCUUGUAUAUUCGUUUGGCAUCAACCACGACUUCUCAUUUGAUGACGACAUCGCGAAGAACUACCGGUGCCAGGUCUUGUCCUUUGACCCGAGUAUGAAAGUGAAGAGCCACAAGAGGUCGCCUCGGGUUCAUUUCUAUAAGCUGGGCAUCGCUGGCAGCGACAAGGUGGUAAUGAAGAAAGGCUGGGAACUACGAUCACUGUCGUCAUUCAAGCGGCAGUUUAAACAUACGGAGCGCAUCAUCGACGUGUUGAAGAUGGACGUGGAGGGUGCGGAGUGGAGUGCCCUGCCGCAGAUGGUGUCGUCGGGGCAGCUGAGCCGGGUGCGACAGCUGUUUGUGGAAUUCCACGGGGCAUUCAAGGCCCGAGCCGCGUCCGUACCUGCCCUCAAGCUGCUGGAAGACCUGCACGCAAUAGGCUUCCGCAAGUUCUAUGUCCACAAGAACCGCGUUUGUCGUGUCAAGUCUCCAGAUUUCCCCGUCUUGAGAACCGCGUGCUAUGAGGUUCACUAUGUGAAUAUCAAUCUACUGGAAUAAAUGUCUUUGUACUGUUUU